UCAAUUUCCUUGAAAGGGGGCUACCGCAAACGGAACGAACUCGGCGGGGCGCAGCGGCACCGCCGCGCCGCAAUCCAUCCCUUCUUUUGCGCCAGGAGAAAGAGGGAGACCAAAAUUCCGAAACCAAUUCAAAGCAGGUGCCGCGAGACGAUUAGAAAGCAGGGGGAUUUUCGAGCAGGAGAGUUUUGCGUGACGGCGGCCGCGGCUUUUGGUUCUGGUGGCGGCCGGCGGUCUCGGAGAUGGGGUCCGGCAUGAGCAGCUUCCGGCGCCCUCGCGGCUUCGUCUUCGACCCGAUGAAGGGGAUAACCCCCCUGUUGGGGCUGCAGGUGGCGCUCCAGUACGGCCGCCCGGGGUCCGACCGGCCGCCCGUCACGGCGGCGCUGCUCGCCGCCAACGUGCUGGUCUUCUUCCGGCCCGGGCCCCUCCACAGGAUCCUGCCCAGGAUCAACGAGGUUGCCCUCAACUACCAACUCUUCGUCAGGUUCAUGUUGUUGGAGAACUUCUUCCUGUCACCUUUCUACCACUGGAACGAAGCUCACUUAUUUGGCAACAUGACAUCUCUCUUGUGGAUGGGCGUACAACUUGAAAGGUCCAUGGGUAGUGCUGAGUUUGCUUCCAUGGUUGUUGCAUUGCUUGGCUUGUCGCAGGGUAUCGCGGUGCUCUUGUCCCAAGGCUUAUCCUUGCUUGGUGACAGUUUUGCGUAUUAUGAUCAUCACAGUAUUGGAUUCUCUGGUGUGCUGUUUGGCAUGAAGGCUGUGCUGACUGACCGGUCGAACGAUUUAAUGUGGCUUUCAGUGAUCCUUAUUCCAGAAAAGUAUUGUGUCUGGGCUGAUUUGUUGCUCACUCACGCUUUGCUUCCCCAGUCUUCCUUUGUUGGCCAUCUUGGGGGCUUACUUGCUGGAAAGGUCUACCUUUGGCUGAAGCGUGCGUUCAAAGGCCAAGACCCGCUCACUCUUCUGAUUUCAGGCGGUGCCAGGGCCGUGACCUCGCAAGUGAGAUUUGCUCAGAAUCUCCUGAAGUCUGUCCUGUCCCAGGGUCACAUAACAGGUCGGGGCAUAGUUGAAUGUCAUUCGUCAGCAAGAGAUUGCCCACGAGGUUUAUGGAGAUGCUCAACCUGCACCAACUAUAACUCAUUUGCCACAGAUAUAUGUGAGAUGUGCAGCACUAUGCGUGAGGAUCAUGCUUGUCCGCGGGGGCAGCAUCAUCAAGAUUGGUGUAAUGGGGAGCUUUCAGUUGAGGAGUUACGCCGCAGGAGGCUGGACAGAUUGGAUAGGUGAUGGAAAUCAUUGCCACCAAUACAGAAUUGUAGUGCUAACCAAGCUUCUCCUUGAAGACCGACAUCACCUUCUCCUCUGUUAGAUAGUUUCAGCAUUGUGAUGUUGAAGAACAUUUUGAACAAUUAGACUUCCUCUCACUAUUAGAUGGAGAUUGUUAGUCAUGUACUCAUGUAGCUGGGUUUUUUUUGUAGUCUCAGCGGAGGUAAGACGGCACAUUUUGUAUAAGUUAUGUCAGGCCACCGUUGGAAUUAAAGUGCACGAGUAUAUCAUAAACACUUUGUGGCAGUGGCAAGAUUCGAUGAUUUGCACCAGUCACUCUAUUUGUUUAUGUGAUUCCUUAUAUAGCUUGAGACAUA